UUAUAUACGUCAAAACAAAUUUUGAGGUUAGGAUUAGGAAUAGUGUUGGUUCUUUUAGAAAAGGCUAAUUUGAUGUGAUAUUUUACGUUAAUUAAAAUAGCUAAGCACAACCAUGAAGGUGAAAGUUGGUGACGUGGUUUUACCCGGAGAUCUGUGUGAAGAAAUCGUAGCUGCUGGCGAAAAAAGUAAAGUUAUACUCGGACCAGGGUUGAAAAAAGAAGUCGACGGGAUUUAUGUUUCCAAAGCUGGCACAUUGAGGAAACGAGCUCCAAAUACGUACUGGGUGGACAACUACCAAAAACGAUAUAUUCCAGCGCGCGGAGAAAAUGUCAUAGGGAUUGUUGCUCAAAAGGCGGGAGAUAUAUUCAGAGUAGAUGUUGGCGGGAGUUGUACAGCAUCGUUAUCUUAUCUAUCCUUCGAAGGCGCUACGAAAAAGAACCGACCUAAAGUGGUGAUUGGAGAUGUAGUGUACGCCAAAAUGUUAGUAGCCAGCAAAGAUAUGGAACCAGAAAUAGUGUGUGUCGAUUCUCACGGAAAGAAGGGUCGCCUGGGAGUGCUGGAAGAUGGCUUCGUGUUUAAAUGUUCUCUAAAUUUAAUCAGAAAGAUCUUAAACCCAGAUUGUCCCUUAAUAAACUCGUUAAAGAACCAAUGGCCCUUUGAACUUGCAGCGGGCAUGAAUGGUAGGAUUUGGAUAAAGGCUAACACAUUAAGAGAAACCAUUGCUUUAGGGAAUGCAAUUUUAGGGUCUGAGUACCUUAGUAAUGACGAGAUCAAAAGUAUGUGUACUAACAUUGCUGGGAUACUGGCUGGACAUAUUUCAUAACAUUGCACCACUACUGAAAAAAAAGUAAACAAAUGAGGACUUCCACAACCAUAGACACUAAAGUGAAGUGCAGUUGUAAUAUUGAUUAUAAAUUAAUUUAAUUUUGUGAAUUACUUUUUAGUUUUAUGUUAAUUGUAUGUAGGUUUUUUAAUUUUAGAAAAGUAUAUGAAUAAUUUUGUACACUACCAUCAGUAAAAAGAAGUAUUUGUUCUAAUUUAGUUUAGACUACAAUACUUAUUUAAAUUGAUUAUCUUUGAAAAUAGUCAAGUUCUAAAAUAGGUAUAAUAGGAUUUAUAAACAUAUUGUAUUUUGUAAUGUAUGUAUGAUUUUGACACAAACCUUUGUCUCGAAGAUUUUUUUAUCAGAUAUAUAUGAUUAUUUUCUCACUGCUAACUUUCAUCUAAUAUAAUUAUGAUGUACCAGACAUUUGAUUUAAAUAAUAAAUAUUAAUUCAUUAUAAGCUUACAUGACUGGUGUAUUCAAUCAAUAUGUUUGACAACCACCCAUAACCACCACCUAUAAAACUGAUAUUUUUCCUUGACCAUCCCCUAUGCACUCUUGAGAACUAACAAAACUUGCUUAAAUUGAUUGCUUUGGUAAUAUGUUACAGGUAAAAUAAGUUUUUGAUGCAGUUUUGUAGAUUCUCCCAAUCAUGUCCAAUAAUAAUAAACGAACACUAGCUACUAUAAUCACAUAACAUUACAAUCUUUAAUUACACAAAAUUAAAAUCUUAGCAAGUUUCAUAAACUAAUGUCUUUCUUCUUGAAUGGCCAUAAUGUAAUGUAAUAUAGUCAACAAAACUGAAUAUGAGAUUCAGUUGCCAUUCAAGAAUAAAAAACAAUUGUUGUGUAGUCAGUUUUGUGUCUGUGUUUGUGUUUCAAUGUCCACUUCUUGCAAGUUUCAUAUAAAAUCGAAUAAAACAACCAAAAACAGUGAUUCGGAAAUUUAUUUUGGCAAAUGCAACUAACCUAAUCGUUUCAAAUCUCAAUACAUAAUGUAUAACUACAUCCGUCUGCAUCCCAACCAUUGUUCUCUUCUAAUAAAUAUAUGAUACAAGAUGGCGGACGUCCCGCGCUUUUCUAUGUACACUGCGCGACGUCUGCGCAUUACUUUACAAACUAUCGUAAUAGGAGUCGACUGACCAGAACAAUUUUCCUUUAUAACAAUAAUUUAGUAAACAAUAAAAUAAUGAGCUGUUAUGUUAAA